AUGAUAUCUUCAAUUAAUAUCACUUUCCUUGGGACCGCCUCUGCUCAACCAUCUUCUACGCGCAAUCAUUCCGCACUCGCCUUGAGACUCAGCGGGGGCGUCUGGCUAUUUGACUGCGGCGAAGCAACUCAGCACCAGAUCCAGAGGAGCCAAGUGAAGAUGGGCAAGAUCGAAAAGAUCUUCAUCACUCACACGCACGGCGAUCAUAUAUUCGGGAUUCUGCCUUUGCUUGCUAGUCGACUCAAUGGAGCUGGCGGUAUUACUGAAGGCGAAGACUCACGAGCUGAAGAGCCUAUAGAAAUCUAUGGCCCUCUUGGCACAAGAGCCUAUAUUCGCAAUGGGCUCUCGUACUCUCAUACCCUUCUAGGCGGCCCUUACGUUGUUCAUGAACUGCGCUUCCCCACUGACCCUCAAGAUGGUGACUUUACCUCUCUUCCUCGCCUCCCUUUCGAAUCACCUACCGGACGCAAUAUCUCUCAAGCCAAUGGAAUAUGGACAGAUAUCUUCAAAAACGACCUCAUCUCCGUAUCUGCUGCCCCAAUAUUGCAUUCCGUGCCUUGUGUGGGGUACGUAGUGACGGAAGCUCCGGUGCCAGGAAAAAUAGACCCACGGCAGUAUAUCCCCCAUAUCAAAAGGACCGGUGCUCCAAUGACUGUGAUGAGGCGAGUGCAACAGGGUGAAAGUGUAGAACUCCCAGACGGUACCGUGCUGCGCGGUCCAGACCGGCGACAAGGUCGCAAACUGGCCAUCCUGGGCGACACAUACGACCCAUCGCCCAUUGCCGACCUUGCGGCUGGCGUCGACAUUCUUAUCCAUGAGGCGACUAACGCAUAUCUGCGAGGUGUCGUCGCUGAAACGAAGGAGAGCGAUACCGUCGAGAGCGUGGAGGCGCGCACCAAAUUAAGAGGACACUCGACGCCACAGAUGGCUGGCGCGUUUGCACAGCGGAUCGCGGCAAAAAAGUUGGUGCUGAAUCACUUCUCUGCGCGAUAUGCAGGGGACGAUCAUAAGGACCCAUUGGCCAGGACGACGAUGAACGCAAUAAAAGCGUUGGCUCAGGAGAACUACAACGGCCCUGUUGUAUGUGCACGCGACUUCAUGUCAUUUGAUGUAGAAUUCAGCAGUCAUAGUUGA